CUCAAACCAUGGAAGAAAUACUUAAGCUUAAUGGAGGGUAUGGCCUAAACUGGCAAACUUCGUUGCCAAAGGAGUUAAGGGGUUACAACCCAAUUGAUGAUGAAACAGCAGUUUCAUAUAUGAAGACGUUCUCAACAACAUUCCCAAGAGGUUUUGCUUUAGAGGUUCUCCAAGUUUAUAGUGGGCCUCCAGUGAUUGCUUACAAGUUCAGACACUGGGGUUACAUGGAGGGCCCUUUUAGAGGACAUGCUGCAACUGGAGAGAUGAUAGAGCUCCUCGGCAUGGCCCUUUUUGAGGUGAAUGAGGAGAUGAAAAUUGUGAAAGUGGAAUUCUUUUACGACUGUGGGGAAUUGCUUGCUGGUCUUCUCAAGGGUGCCAAAAUAGAUGGGUUAGCUAAAGAAGCAACAGCAACUUUAAGCUGCCCUGUGCUCAGCCACAUUGGCUGAUGUUGCCUUGCCAACUUUCGUAUGUAACAAAAAUAAAUAAAGGAAAAUCUUGACGGUGCUCACGUAUGUUAUAUAUAAAAAGGGAAUGAAUUUAUGAAUAAGAGAUCGUAUUAGGCGCUUGGGUUUGCCGUUGAGAGAUCUGCAGUCAAGACUCAAGUUGAAGUUGCAGCAGCUAAAGGAUUUCCCUUCGUUUCAUUAUCAAGACUACUUCAGUUGAAGUUGUCAUGUCUUUGUUAUAAAAUGUUCAGUUAUAAGUAAUGC